AUGAAAGAUAGCAAACAAAAUACUGGACCACAAAGAACACCAUCGGUGCUGUUUGCACCCACGGUGGACACUACAAAUGCUCCAUUCAAGCCAUCCAUGACAAGAGCAAGAUCCACAAGUCAUACAAUUCCUAUAGCUACGGAUAAUAAGAGAAAUCAUUCUGCAUCGAUAUCUUCGGUAUGUUCUACCGAGUCCACGAACGACGAUCAUUUGAACAAAUUAAUCGACAACGACUCUCGCACAGCCACAAAUACCAACCGAGAUGCCUACAAGGGUAAAAUCAAGCUCAUGGAUGACGUGGACUUAGAGAAGCAGAUUAUUAUGACUGCUGGGGGGAAGAGAGAAUAUGUGAUGGGUUUUGUAUGUAAAUUAUUAUUCUUGAUGACAAUUGUAUUAGGGUGCGGAGUAUUGGUGUUCUACGCACUUUAG